AUGGUGUCUAAAAGCGCGGUUCUACUGCUUUUCCACCUCUUAGAGGGGGUCAGCGCAGACUGGACGACAACUAUCAAAGCCAACCUCACUGUGGCGAACGGCUUCACCCCCGUCAUCGACUUCACCACGGCACCUCCGCCUGGUGCAUCGAGUCCGAGUCUCUCAUCGACUCCCCCAAGCAGUCUUAGUCGACAGCAGGCUCACCGGGAACAUUUUACGACAACUAUCACGGUACCCGAUGGUAUGAUACCGGUCAUCCACUACAGCACUAUUUCGUCGACCCCUAGUGCCUCUUCCAACGCUGUACCACCCCCGGACACAGCUUCUUCAGGAAGCACCCAGCCUGCUAGUAAACCUCCUUCGAGCUCAACGCCUUUAAUUCGGCCAUCCCCAUCCUCUACUCCUGUGGUCACUCCGGGAAUACCGAGUGUAUCAAAUCCAUCAUCUUCUCUUGUUCAAACACCGCGCUCCUCCACUCCCAGUCAAUCGGGUAGAUCGAGCUCUAGCAGUGGCCCUUCUGGCUCGGCAACCAGCAUUCCUACUAUACCAGGCCAGAGCGGCUCUGCCUCAAAGACACCAACAACUAGGCCUGCUUCAUCCCCCUCUACAUCUUCCGGGUCAUCUUCUCCCCUCCAGAGUGGCUCACCCAGCACGGGUUCUCAAGCACCUGGUGGCUCUUUGACAAAUGUGCCACCUUCAUCUGGCCAAAGUCUAUCCACCCCCAAAGCCUCAUCGACUCCAGCUUCAUCACCAGCCAGUGGUUCGGUCCCAUCCCAGGGACCUUCGGUGCAACCCUCAUCGGCUGAUCUUUCUUCUGCCCCGGAUAUUAUCUCACUCACCCCAACCGGUACCAACUCUGCUACGGAAUCUGCAAUUCUUGAGUUUGGCCCCACAGGUCCUCCAUCAUCGCAGCCCUGGGGAACUCUUACUUCUGCGCCAUCGAGUGCUACUACCGGAACAGCAGCAAUCUCAGAGGCCACAGACAUUGCAAUCUUCUUAAAAGGGCUCUAUAACAAUAUUGAUCAGCUCAAGACAGACCCUGAAAACUACAAAAAGAAUCUCGAAGACGUUGAGGAUAAGUCUCAGGAUUACCUCUCUAAGAUUGGAUAUCCCUCGACCAAGUCCCCUUGCUCUGGGUCCGGCUCUCUGCGAAAGAGGUCUCUGUUCGGUGCUAUUGGAAAUCUCGCCUCUAGUGCAGCCAAUGUUGCCAAAGGUGCUGUAGAUACUGCCAAAGACAUUGCAGAGGAUGCACUCAGCUGUAUCAAGCCUAUUGCCGAUAGCAUGAUCAAGACGAUCCCCGAUGAUGUGACUAAGUUGACGGAUGACAUUGAGAACACCAUUAAAAAGGGUUCUGAAUACCUGGUUGAGAUCAGUAACAUCGUGACCAACAUGGAGAACAAGAUAAAGGAUGAUGAGGAUAAUAACUCGUCAUCUGAAUCUGAAUCCUCGACAUCCUCUUCCUCUACUUGCACGUCAAGCACAACCUUUUCUGACUGCACGACAACCACAGUCUUGAUUUCGACUUUCUCCACUGGAGGAGAUGGUUCGGCUACACCGUCAACUAGCACGUCUAGUACGGUCACUUGUACUACCGAAACUGCCUGCAAUGCUUCCCCCACCUCGACGACCGUCACCACCACUGAAUAUGGUUCCUGUCCGCUCAGACAGACAACCAGAAUCGUACCUAGCAAGACGAAUGCUCCUAUGUCGAUUCCAUACGUUCCAACCACCUCGGGUUCAGUUGGAUCGGCAUCUCCUGGAUCUACUCGUUCCGCAAAGCUCCCAACCCCGUCCUCAACUCCCGGCGCAAGCAACUCUUCCAAUACACCGUCGCCUUCCGCAUCAAGCUCAUCUCCCUCAAAUACCUCAGCCCCUGGAACAUCAUCCACCCCUAACCUGACGACGACUCCCAGCCUGACGACGACUCCCAGCCCGACGAUCACUCCUAGUCCGACGACAGAGCCAUCAGUUAGCUACUAUAUGUGUUUGAACAAGGGAGGCCCAGAUGUCACCAGCCCUCAUUGUCAAUGCUCAACAUACACAGAGGGGCAGACAUAUUGGGCAACGGCCUCCCUUAUCUCCGGCGCGUGCUGGCAGUACACAAGCUUUCCAUCCCAGAUCACCCUGACGCCAACUUUCACACCCACAACGCCAACACCAACACCCGUGCCUUUCGUCACCACCUCAGCGAAUGGCGAAAUUAUCUCCUAUCCGUCCCAAAUUUUCACGGAUUUUGCCACGCAGGGUGCCGGCACACCCGUGACACUGCAGACUCCUUCGCCAAGCCAGACAAGCAGUAAUGACAAAGGUUCAGCCCAAUGCCAUAGUAUCGAUGAUGCCUGCGAUAGAGCUUCUGAGCAGUAUGUGGAUGACACGGUCUACUCAUCCUACACCUCUUACACGGCCAAUAUAAAAUCCGGCAUUAUCGUGGCGGCAACUUUAGGCCAAGCCGGAUGUGCGGCCAUGUUUACUUGCGACAAUGACGAUUAUGGGUUUGGCAUGACUGGACGCCAGAUCAAGGAUGCUAUCGCGUAUAUGAAGGACAAUGACAGUGUCGAUAAAUGCGGAACUAUGUAUUUGUCGAACUCUUGUCAUAUCACUCGCAAUUACUGCACCAGUUGCAAGGCCACGCAAUAA